AUGGACAGCUCUCCCGCCUCGCCUUUGGCCCCCAGGGAUCCCAGCUCCCCUGAAUCUUCGAUCGGCGAACAAAUCGCCACUCUACAGGCCCAGCUUGCCGCUCUGCAGGCCUCGCAACCCGCCGCCGCCGCAGCCGCCGCACCCCCGGCCGUCACCGUCGUGCCGGGGAACGCCGCCACCGCAUCCAAGGUCGUGUUUCCCAAGCACGCUCGUCUGGACGGCCCCAAGUCGUUCACCAACUGGUUGCGUCAACUCCGUCUUGCACUCCCGAACCAGGUUCGUGGUUACGUUCUCGACGGUGUCGUUCCCCCGACCUGGACCGCCGACCAGCUUGCCGCACGUGACGACGCCGCCCGGGAAAUCAUCGUUGGCUCUAUCGACUCCGCCGACGUAUCGGCCACCCUCGACGCCAUCCCCAGCGACGACCUGUCGGCACCGCGCAUCUUUGCCGCUCUCAAGGCUCGUUUUGCACCGGACGACGCAGUCGUCGCGCAUGGCGGUGAACUCGGCGGCGGCGGCCUCAGCCCAGAUGUUGUGCUCGUCGCUGGACAUUGCUUCGCGCCAGGUCUGGGGGUCGCUAGUGAUCGAUUUGACGGGCUCGAUGGCGUCGAGGGUGGGGUCGUCGUCGUCUGUGGCGAUGAAGGCGCGGUGGUGUUGGGUGAGGAAAUCGAUUUCAUCCAGCGAUUCAUCGCGCGAGUGACGCCCAAUGAUGUCGAGUUCGUCGGGCGACUCCUCAGCCGAUGCGGGCUCACGGUACGUGCUGA